UCGAUCAGUUGUAAACGUCACUGUCAAUUACACCUGUGUUGUGUCAACACAGUCAACAAUAAGUACAGCAACAAACACCCGUUGAUCUAAAUAGCAGUUCCUGCCCAGUGGGUGUGUGAAAGUAUUACAGUUUUAUAUGUAGAUGUGAAAUGCAUUUCAAGGCCACUGCAAGAAUGACAUGUUUAACACUUACGUUACAAUAGUACCUCCUUAAUUGUUUACUUCAUGUAUAUAAUUAUUAAAGGGAGGAAAAUGGCAGUGAGUUUACCCACAGUCCCAGUCAGGAAAUACAGAAGAGAGACGAGCGAAGUGAGCAGCUGUUUAAAGUACAUGAUAUUCGGAUUUAAUGUGUUGUUUUGGUUAUUGGGGCUGGGGAUUUUAACUAUAGGAGUUUGGGCUUGGAGUGAGAAAGAUAUUUUUAAUAAUUUAGGAAAGGUAGCAAACGUUGCUCUCGAUCCCGCGUUUAUUUUAAUUUGCAUUGGGACUGUAACUUUCAUUAUAGGUUUUACUGGAUGUGUAGGAGCAUUACGCGAAAAUACAUGUCUUUUAGCAACAUAUGCCAUAUUUCUAUCUGUGUUAUUGUUAUUUGAAAUGACUGCCGGAAUUCUUGGAUUCAUAUUUAAGGAUUGGAUCAAGUCUCAGGCAACCAUUGGAUUUCAAACAUUCAUCAUUCACUACAGAGAAGAUCCAGACCAACAAAAUUUAAUUGACUGGAUUCAAGAAGAUUGGUUGCAAUGCUGUGGUAUUGAAGGACCAAAAGAUUGGGAUCGCAAUAAUUAUUUCAAUUGUUCAUCACGUGAUGUUGGUAGUAGAGAAGCUUGUGGAGUUCCAUUUUCAUGCUGCAAGCGUAAACCAAAUGAGAUUAUCAAAAACAAACAAUGCGGAUAUGACGUACGGAAACCAGGUUUUCCUGGAGAAAGACACAUAUUUGAAAGAGGCUGUUUGCGUGCUGGCGAAGAAUGGAUCGAAAGUAAUUUAGUACCUGUAGCGGCUGUUAAAGUCGGAAUUAUGGUGCUUCAGAAUUAUGAUGUGUCAAAAAUAAUAAAUGAGAAAGGGUGUUUGGAAGCGACUGAAGAAUGGAUAGAGCGAAAUAUGAUUUCUUUAGCCACUUGUAGUUUUGUUGUUUUAUUUUUGCAAAUUCUGGGAAUCUGUUUCGCACAGAAUCUUCGAGCAGACAUUUUUGCGCAGAAGGCGAAAUGGCAUUGACAAUCGAGGACUCCCACAGCCGUGUAGUACAGUAUGCCCUGUCGCAUAGCGUGGGAGCCUUGUUCAACUCAAUUUGAUUUUGUAUAAGGUGCUUUUCUCACUCAGUAGUGCAUAAAUAUUGCAGAAAUCAUUUCAAAUGUAAUGUUCUAUGCACACGUACUACAUACUCUCACAAAGAUGAGCAAACUUCCUUUUUGGCUCAUAAUUUGUUUUGGUACGUUUGUUUCAUAGAGGUGAUUGCCACCAAUUAACAUUGUACUAAAUUGAAAAAGGAGGUGACAAUAUUUUGUGUUGUAUAGUAAAGCAUAUUUUGUAAGGUUCUAUGCCAGCAGAAAAAUCGGCGCUUUUUCUGUAAGAGCCAAUUUAUUCCAUUGAAAAGAAACCACAAUGGAUGUAAUUAACAUUACGUUUGCCGCUCGCCACCUGCUAUGAGACGCAGGGGUGUACUUUGAAAUUUUAGGGUGAGAGUCAUAGUCGUCACUCAUCCUCCACUCAAACUCAACUCACUUGAGUUGACGGUGAGGUUGAGUUUGCGUUAAAAUUAUUAUUGCAUUCAUAGUUGUUCCUUAACUUAAACUGAGCAAAGGAAGCAGUAGUCCGGCUGCAAAUAGCGAAAAAAAAAUUUAAGGCAAGAACCCAUUAAAACCCAAAAGUUAAUGACAGCAACAAAAUGGAGGUUGAGAAAUCUUUAUGAAUGGCAAAUUAAUGGGUCAAGUUCGAGGUGAGUAUCAGUUUGUUUCAAGGAACGAUUAUGAAUCUCACCCUUAUAUAAAAAGAAAAAGUAACGAGUGAUUAAAAAACUUUUAGAUUAGAGUUGGCCAUGGAAAUAUUUGUCAUGUCUUUGAUUAAAAUGCAAAUGUCAAAAAUCCGAAUUAUUUGUAGUUUAAUCAAAGACAUGACAAAUAUUUCCAUGGCCAACUCUAAUCUAAAAACUUUUUCGACCACCCGUUGUAUACUCAAUUUAUUGUACUUUUCUGUGCAAAUCGGAUGUAAAUCCGACUUUUUGAGUUUCAACAAAUUUAUUACAAUACAUUUGCACAUAUCUGAAGCCGAAAGUGUUUUCCUUCAGUCUUUGAACGCUUGCAUAUGAUUUAUGGGGGUAAGGGACACCUGCGUAAAGCACUUCAUUAUAAGCGAUCAAGAACUGUAGUGCUGCCAUAUUACGUUAUAAAAUGUGUUUUACUAUGCUAUCCUUGUCGUUUACUGAAAUAAAUUUAUAAUACUCAAAUAUUAAUAAUAAUUAACGUGCCUGUUCAAAUGGUAACAACAACUGACAAAAGGCCCACUAUUUUUAUCAAUCACUUGAUGUUUUUGUAAUCAACGUGACGUACUAUUAGUAUUUUUGCGUAUUCUAAUUGUGAUAUUUUUUUUGUGUGUAAUACUCGGUUCUAACUGCCAGUUUGUAGCAGCUUUUUUGCUUUAAUUUUACAUUCUAUUAUUUAUUUAUUUUUAAUCAUUUUAUUGUAUAUAUUGUCAUUAAGUAAAAUUUCGAUUUGACAGGAAGAAUACUAUUUGUAUAAUAUUGUCUUGGGAAUAUAACUCAUAUUGAUAAUUAUUGUAAAAAUUGUUGAAAGAAUUGUAACCUUUAUAUUGAUAAAAACCUGAAAAUAAAAGUUGUAAGUUAAA